AAUCAUCGUCAGCAGCUGUAACCUACAGUUGACAAGUUGCGGCUGGACGAACUUCAGUGCUGAAAUUUUGUACAAUGGGUGACGAGGAGGAACAUGUUGACCCAAAGAAGCUGACGUCUUUAAGUGACAUAAAGAGGGCAUACGAGAAGCUUUGUGAUGAAGAGAUUGCUGUUGCUGAACGACUCGAGUGGAGUGUAGGAAACCGUCACCAUCUUGAGGCCCGAUUGUCCCAACUUGCCCGCCUUGUCCCUACCUUACAGUUGGUUCAGGCUGAUGCAAGACAGCUGGAGAACACCAUAUCUUUCACACAUCAGCUGGCCAAUAAUGUCUCAGCCAAAGUACGGCAGCUGGACUUGGCAAAGAGCCGAGUUGUGGAGACACAGGCAAGGGUUGGAGAUCUGCUGGACUUGGAAGGCUGUAGUGGAGGAGUGGCCACUGCAUUAGCACAGGAAGACUAUGAGACAGCUGCUGCCCACAUUCAUAGGUUCCUGGCCAUGGACGAGACACUACUCCUGCACACCACUGAUUCUGCCAGUAAAGCUGAAAAUGUGGAGACUUGGUUUGACCGGCUGCGGCAAGCAGAGAAGGAGUUGAGCUCAUUGAUAACCCAUAAGUUCGAUGAAGCAGUUAAGAGAGAGGACAUGGCUAGUGUGGACAGGUUUUUCAAGCUCUUUCCUUUACUAAACAAACACGAAGAAGGUUUGAAGAAAUUCACUACUUAUUUAUGUGCAAAGGUUCAGGAGUCCACUGCCCAAAAUCUGGCAGCAGCUCAGAAUCUUGGUCCGAGAGAGAAGCGGUCCCAUGUUAUUUGGGCAGACACUUUUACACUUUUGUUUGAGGGAAUUGCCAGAACUAUUGAAGUCCGACAACCUAUUAUUGAAACAUAUUACGGUCCUGGCCAUCUUUCUCUGGUGGUGGAGAUGCUGCAACGUGAGUGUGACCGGCAAGCUGGUCGCAUCAGCUCUGAGAUGAGGAAGCACAGGCGACUUGAUGCUGUUGUGUCAGCUGUGCGAAGCUCUCUUAGAUUUGGGGCAGGGAGGGAACCCCGGGCAGACCAGCCAGAUCCCAGGGACCUGGACACCUUGCUGGGAGAGCUCACCCUCAUCAAUGCCCGAGCAGAACUUUAUUUACGCUUUAUCCGCAGGCGGGUUACUGCUGACUUUGAAGCAUCUCUUCCUGAAGCAGCAGAAAGGGAAAAGAAAGAAGCUGAGUUUGAGGGACGCCUAUCACAUUCGCAGUUGGUGUGUGACAUGGCUGUCAUUGUGGGUGACUACACCAUACUAGAACAGUUUUAUCUUAAUGAGUCCUUCAAAAAGGCAUUAAUCAUGGACACUGUUGAAGAUGCAGCCCAUACAUCUUCAAUAGUAGAUGAUGCCUUUUACAUAAUCAAAAAGAGUGUAAGGCGAUCCAUUGCCUCAAGCAGCGUUGAUGGAGUGUGCGCAAUGCUGAACCAUGCAGUCACCCUGGUAGAGACCCAACUGGCAGAAGGCUUCAGACAGACAUUGAGGAAAGGCUUUCCUGCCCAAGGCUAUCUUGAUCUCAACCAGGCGUACACCGUUUUGCAGUCUUCUUUACAGUCAACACUCCAAGCUGGAAAGAUCAAUUCUACCACAACAGACUCAGAUGCUUUGAGACAAGCAUUUCUGACUGCCCUCAACAACACUGAGACUAGCAUGCGUCACAUCAGAAGCUUGCAUGCCUCACUAGAAGACAGCAUUAACAGUGCCAUGGUUGGUCUCAGCAACACUGCCCGGGCAAAGCUUGACUCCUGUCUCAAUGAUUUAAAAGCAACCACAGGCAAGCUUGCAUUAGUUGUGGAAUUUGGAAUAUCCCAGCUGCGAGCAACAGCUGUCAAGCCUCGAGUCAAGCCAUGGGUGGACAUCUUCAACACAACCUCUCAUGACAUCAAAGAGGAAGAAUUUGCUUCAUAUGAGGCAAAUGAUCCUUUUAGCCAGACUCUGAUGGUGCAAGUAGAUGGAUUGCUUGGAUCUUUUACAUCUUUGUUGACUGAAGAAAACUACAAGGCUCUGGUGGGAGUGCUUGUGAGUGAGGUGGCAGAACAACUUGAAAAAGCAGUCUUCAAGUCCUCUUUUAAUCGGCUAGGUGGCUUGCAGUUUGACCGAGAAGUGCGAGCAAUAGUUGGCUAUUUGUCCCAAGUGUCUGAAUGGGGAGUUCGAGAACACCUCACCAGACUCACGCAGAUGGCAACGUUGCUCAACUUGGAAAACCUUGCAGAGGUUUCUGAAUAUUCGUCUACCACUACCUGGAGAUUAACCCCAUCAGAAAUGAGGAAAGUUCUGCAACUUAGAGUUGACUUCAAAGCUGAUGAAAUCAAGAGAUUAAAACUUUAAGUAAUACUUACACCCUCGGCAAGUUUUACAUAAAACUUGUGGAAUGCUUGAGGACUACAGUCAUCAUGGCUGCUGUGGUGGUGGCCUGCAUCAUGGCAGCAGUAGUCCUGUGCCUUGGUUCUUGGUAUUGUGCAACACAGAUUGUUUAUUCCAGAGAUAUAUACAAUAUAAAUUUUGUAGAUAAAGUUA